CUGGGAUCAAUUGUAAUCGAUCCGGGGUUCGUGCCAAGGGUGUUUGCUUCUUUCCAGUUUUAAAAACAAUUUUCCCUUUAAAGUGCUGGUUGGGCCAAUAAUAAUUGACCGGAGGUCCGUCCUGUGAAUUUUUGCUCCUCCCCAAUUUGUUCUUUUUAAAAUAUUGUAGUUUUUUUUUUUUUAAGCCAACGAAGAUGUCCCCAGAAGCAACAAGAAAUCACCUCGGUUUCCCAACUAGGCAAAGCCCAAAGACGGUCACCUGAUUUAGAGAAAAAGAAGACAAGCUUAACUUUCACUUUCUUUCUUCCGGCGGAGGGCGCGGCGAUGGCGGGCGAAGCGCCCUUGCAGGAUUUCCUGGAAGAACUCAACUGCUCCAUUUGCCUGGACUUCUUCCAGGACCCCGUGCUCAUCCCGAACUGCGGCCACAACUUCUGCCGGGACUGCCUGACCCGCAGUUGGGGGGCGUCGGAAUCGGAGGCUUCCUGCCCCCAGUGCAGACAGACCUUCGCGCUCUGCAGCCUCCUCCCCAACAGGCAGCUGGCGCGAGUGGCGGAAGAGGCCAGGCGAUGCGGGGCCCAUCCGGACAAGGAAGGAGGCAGCUUCUGCCCGAAGCACCGGGAGCCCCUCAAGCUCUUUUGUAAGGACCACCAGACCCUCAUCUGCGUGGUCUGCGACCGAUCCAAAGAGCACAAGGGCCACUCGGUGAUCCCUGCGGAGGAGGCUUUCCAGGAAUACCAGAUGAAGGUUGGGAAUUGCCUGAAGGCUCAGAAGGAGCAGAAAGAAAAAAUAGCUACAUACAAAAGAGACACAGAGAAAAAACUGCAGGAGAUGCUUGAUCUCAUCAAAAAAGAGAGAGAAAAUGUAGUGGCUGAAUUCAGAGAGCUACGACUCUGGUUAGAAGGACAGGAGAAGCUUCUAUUGACUAGAAUGGAAGAGACGGAGAAGGAGAUUAUGGCAAGAAAGGAGAAAGGUUUGGCCAGGCCAAUGGAGGAACUCUGCUCUCUUGACCAUCUCAUCCAGGAGAUAGAAGAGAAGCUUCAGCAGCCAGCCAGCAAACUCUUACAGGAAAUGCUUUGUCUCUUUAUUUUUCAGGACAUUGGAGGCAUCUUGAAGAAGUAUCAGGCUAAGGAAACAUAUGAGAAUCCACAGGAUUUACUUCUAGAGCCGAAGUGGACAAUCUGGGAUUACAGUGAUUUCACUGUGCUUCUGAAAAGUGCCAUGAAAAAAUUGAGAGAUACUCUGGAAAGUGGACUUCAACUACAGGAAGCAAAUGUAACUCUGGAUCCAGGCACAGCCAAUGAUGGCUGCUUUGAUGUCUCCAAAGAUCAAAAAAGUGUCAGAAGAAUUAGGCCAGUUGGAGAAAUAUAUAGUGCUGUCUCAAAUUUCUUUGGCUGUCAGACGUUCUCAACAGGGAGACAUUUCUGGGAAGUAAUUGUAGGAGAUGAAACAGGAUGGGCUAUAGGAGUUACUAAGAAGACACUGAACUUAACAAAUGUUGAUGAGCAGUCCAGGUGGUGGAAGUUUGGAAAAUUCGAAUGGGGAUACUGGGCCAGCUCCAAAUUAGAAUACUUUGAUUGGUACUUGGAUGAGGAGCCCAAGAGGAUCCGCGUCUCUCUCAACUGCGAAGGGGGACAAGUGAGCUUCUUUGAUGCCAGAAACGCAGCUUUGCUCCAUACAUUCUCAGACACUUCCUUGGUUGGGGAGACCCUUCAGCCCUGUUUCAUUUUGUACCAAGGUGAUUGCAUGACGCUUCCCUAAAAGAAGGGAGAACCAUAGGCAAAACCUUGGAAAAAUCCCUAUUUGCCAAGCGGGGAUCUCUGAAAGCCCUUAAAGCAGAGUUUCCUCAGCUUUUUGCUACUUCAGCUUCCUUUAUUCUUCUAUGCCCCCCUGAUCAGUAAAUCAGUCUAUAAAGGAAUAACCUGAUCAUCAUUUCUAUUUCUCUGCAUAAAAAAGCCGAGGUGUCCUAGGAGCUUUAUAGGCUUUAACAUCAUGUGUUCAGGUGUAUCAGCAUUAAAGGUACCUUAGAGCUAAGCCUGUCAAUCAUGAUUUUAUAUGUCUGUCACAGCUCUCCAUCCCAUUUAUGGAUGAUGCUUGUUUGUUUCAUGUUAGUUGCAAUCAAUGAUUGUGUAGGUGCCCAUAACUCAGGAUAUUCUGUAAUCUUUCUCUUCUUUUUUCAUUUCCUUCCCCCUUUUUAACCAGUUUCCUUUUGACAUAUAAUUGUCAUAAACCAACAAAUCAUUUUAAGAUUUCAGGAAAUAUUAUACUCAAUAUAAGCUUUACGGCCUCACAGGUUUUUUUUGUUUUUUGUUUUACAAAUCCUAGUACUUUUUCUAUCUUUUUAUACUUACGUAGGUUAUCUACUACAAUCGGAUUACUGAUUGUAAGAUUGAUUGUAAUUUUAUAGGUGUCUUGUGGAUUGUAGUUCCUUCUUUUGCAAGUUUAUGCCAAUAAAUGUAUCUCCAUGGGAUACAUAGAAACUGAAGAUGCACAGAAAACAGAAAAAAAAUAAAAGAUACCAUCU